AUGAAUGCUGAGAUAGAACCUCAUAUAUUAAAAAUGUUCGAGAUUAAGAAGAGGAUAGGGAAAGGAGCUUAUGGAAUAGUUUGGAAAGCAUUGAAUAAAAAAACAAAAGAAAUUAUUGCAUUGAAAAAAAUCUUCGAUGCAUUUCGCAAUCAAACUGAUGCACAGAGAACAUUCAGAGAGAUUGCAUUUCUUCAAAACUUCGGUAAUCAUCCAAAUAUUGUACGAUUAUAUAAUGUAAUACGUGCAAGUAGUGAUAAAGAUAUCUACCUAGUAUUUGAAUUUAUGGAAACAGAUUUACAUAAUGUAAUUAAAAAAGGCAAUAUAUUAAAUGAUGUACAUAAACAAUAUAUCAUGUAUCAAUUAUUGAAAGCAACAGCUUAUUUACAUUCAGGUGAAGUAAUACAUCGAGACCAAAAGCCAUCAAAUGUUCUACUGGAUUCUGAUUGUUUAGUAAAAUUAUGUGAUUUUGGUUUAGCACGUUCAUUAAAAGGUCGUAAUAUGAAAUAUGAUAAUGGUAAUGGUAAAAUCAAUUGUAAAACAUUACUACCUGCAUUAACUGAAUAUGUAGCAACACGUUGGUAUCGUGCACCUGAAAUUUUAUUAGCAUGUCAUGAUUAUACAAAAGGUGUUGAUAUAUGGAGUUUAGGUUGUAUAUUAGGUGAAAUGUUAAUUGGUACACCAUUAUUUCCUGGUACAUCAACAUUAGAUCAAAUAGAACGUAUUAUGGGUGGUUUACCUAAACCUAGUCCAGAAGAUUUAGCCAGUGUAAAAAGUCCAUACAGUUCAUCGAUUUUACAAAAAGCACAUAUCAGAAAUCGCCGUUCAUUAGAUCAAUUAUUAAUAAAUGUUGAUAAGACAGCAACUGAUCUUUUGUAUAAAAUGUUACAUUUCAAUCCACACAAACGUAUCACAGCAUUGGAAGCUUUAAAACAUCCAUAUGUUCGCAGAUUUUACUCCCCAAAUGAAAUAAUGAUCAUGAAUCAUCAUGUUACUCCACCGUUAGAUGACAAUAUUCAGUUAACUGUUUCUGAAUAUCGUGAUCGUUUAUAUCAAAAAAACUGUCAUCACUGGAAUUCCCAACCUAUUCCUUACUCAACAUAUUCACAUAAUAAAAAACAAUCUACGACUAAAGAUCAUCCAUCUUCAAAUCAUCAAACAACAAUAAUUAAGAGACAAGAUCUUCAACAUUAUCAUCAACACCAGGAGCAACAGCAGCAACAAUCAAAUCAAAAGAACACUCUUCAGGGUCAUUGCGACGAUAACAGCAACAACAACAACACCAAGUCUAAUAAAAAAAAUCAUGUAGUAUGUGUACAAGUGAAUCUAUUACAUAAAGAGCCACAAAAUCAUUCAAUCAAUGAUCAUCAUGAUAAAGUGGCAAUUUUACCACCAAAAUUAACAUCAAUGUCAUUAACUAAUGGCAUUAAUAAUAAUACGAAUUGUAAUAUGACUGGGUUCAAUAAUAAUGCCAAUCAAUUACACGAUAGUCAUCAGAUUAAUGGUAAUACUAAUGAUUAUGAUUAUAAUGACAACGUGAACGAUGAUAAUUAUGAUGUAUUUCAUCGAUCAGCAUCAUUAUCACUACCAUCGACUAUAACGUCUUCGACAGGAGCAACUAUAACAGCACAAGCUAAAACAGUUCAAUCAAAACAGCAUUAUCAAAUGCGAUCAAUAUCUCAAAAUUCUAAGGCUAAUUCAAACUUAUCAACUGUUCAUUAUACUCCAGUGAUUCGUUCGAAUUCAGUGAACAAAAUGACAAUGAAUGAUUAUCAGCCAUCGAAAAGAUAUUUAACCAUUACUCCAUUAUGUUAUCCAAAUCAAUUGAUAUCCAAAUCAGAUAUUAUUAAAUCAACUACAAUGACAAAUCAACAAUCAUAUAGUCGAUUAAAUCAAUAUAAUAAUAAUAAUAAUAAUGAUAAUAAUAGUAGUAGUAAUCGUAGUGGUAGUAGUCAUAGUAACCAUUAUAAACAAAAACAUUCAAAUCGUUCCAGUGUAAAUUCCAGUUCCAAUUCACGAAUGAAAACAUCAAAUUAUUAUUAUUAUUUUACUGCUAAUGGAACAAAUCAAUAUUCAUUAUUACCUAAUUAUAGUAAUUCAUUUGAAAUGUUAUGUGGGAGGCCCUUUGUAAAUUCACAAAGAAUUGUUGAUUUGAAUUAUUCACAACUACAUGAAAAUCGUCAUAUAUCAUCUCAACCAGAAAAUUUACCCUUAGAUCAUGAGUAUGAUUAUCUUCAAGGAAUAAAUGAUAGAUAUGAAUAUUGUAAGAAUAAUUCUAAUAAUUCUAGCCAUUGUUUCUUAUACAAUGAAAAACAUUGUUCAACAUCAAAUAUUCAAGAGAAUUUAUUAAAUGGUAGAACUGACAUUAAUAUGCAUAAAACUAGUUCAAAUGAGUAUAAGAAUGGAAUUUCAAAAGUUUCAUCAUCUAUUAUUGAAUUACCACCAAAUGUUGUACAGUCAACAAAUAAUAUCUCUAAUAAUAUUAAAGAAUCUAUAAUUGAACCUAUUUCAUAUAAAUCAGUCAAUGAAAUGACACGUAAUCACAGUCAUAAUAGUCAUAGAAAUAAUAAAGAAACCAUAAUCAAUGAUACAAAUCCAAUAAAACAAUCAAUUGAUGAAACCUCUUUAACAAAUCAAUAUUUUCCUAAUCUUCAACAAAAUAGAAGAAAUAAUAAUAAUCAAUCUAAUUAUGAAUCAUUAUCUUUAUUGAAUAUUAAUCAAAAUUAA